AUGGAGCCUGUGGGCGUGGCAAUCGGCGCUGUCGGCUUGAUCGGCUUGUUUUCUACCUGUAUUGAAGGAUUUCAACUGGUUGAGAAAGGCAAAUACUUGGGAAAGGAUUAUGAUCUACUGGAAACGAAAUUUUCUAAUCAAAGAUUGCGACUCAGAGCAUGGGGCCAAGCUUGUGGGCUGAUGGAUUCCGAAGAUCACGACUAUGAUUCUCGACUAGAUGAGGCUGAACUUCGGUCGAGUAUCGAACGAACACUCAACCACAUCAUGAUAACAUUACAGAAUGAAGAACUUCUGACUCGCAGAUACGGUUUAAAAGAAUGCUCAGCUACCGGAAACAGGCUUCUUCUCCCCGACCAUGCCAUCGGCCCUAUCAGUCGAAUGCACCUAAAUGCGACUUUGUGGAAAGACAAGUUCCGUGAAUUCAAGUCUCGGCUUGACAAGACACAGGAACAAGCCCCCUUGACCGCAAAAGCACGGUGGGCCAUUGGAGACAAGAAAAAGUUUGCCGAACUUGUUCAGGAUUUGAGGGAACUGAUAGACGAUUUGGAAAGACUUACAACAUUCGCAGGAUAUUCGGACAUCCUCAGACGACAACGGGAGAUUAUCAGUCAAGACGUGGCUUCCAUAAUAGAUGUCGAGACCCUGACAUCAAUGGAAGAAGCGUGCGAGACGGGCACUGAUGCUGUCUCGAACGCCGCAACUUUCCGACUGUCACAACUCCACGAACAGGCCUUGCUUGAGGGAAUCGUACCAGCAAUCUCCUGUCAAACGAAGGAAGCCCACAUAAGCGAACUAGGUCAUACGGUUCCCGAUCUGCAGGACUGGAAUUUGAUCCACCAGCAAGCCGACCAAACCACUCAAUUUCCAGACCAAGUCCAUCAUCUUCUCCAGCGGGUCAAAUGCCAUAGAAGCAACUCUUCACGACUGUUCUUUGACCCGCCAGUCACGCCAUCCAAUACUGCUCAUGACCCCGAAUGGACCUUCUUCGACACCAGUUCCUCUCAGCAGGAAGAGCUGAAACGGGACAUUCAGAAGGACCGGCAUGGUCAUUUGUGUGGCAGGCGCUCGCUCCAUAAUCUGGAAGCAUAUCUCAGACAAAACGUCUCCUUGUCGUUCAUCAUAUUUCAUGAUUAUGAGUGUUGCUAUAGAGAAGAUCGCAAUCCAUUGACCGCGUGUGCCGAAUACUCCAUACGCCUUCUGUCUCAAGAUUUGUGCGAGUCUCUUCUAUCACUCCCCUGGGACGACGCGCUACUCUCAAUCCGUCCCAAAUUCACCCUCGAGAAUGAACUGAAAGGGCCGUUCAUAUGGCUGUACCAUUCAAGGAAAUCCUGGAAGGUUCUUGAGGACAGCACUAACACUAUUUCGCAUGAACACUUGGUACUUCUGCUUGAUAGACUCGGGGUUUGUAUGGCAGAAGAGUACGCACAGGUUGACAAACUGCUUGGUGAAGGCUGUAUUGACUGUCGACGAUUAUCAUAUAUCUUCUAUCCAGGUGUUCUGUUGGUUCAAAACUCAAAAAAUAAAGAUGGAUAUCCAAAGGAGCUCGUCAAACCUAUCGAAAGCAUUGUGUUCGAUGAACUAAUAAGUUAUAUGGAGGCCUACCGGCAAUCUUCAGCAUUGAAUGUUGGUCACCAAAGUUGGGGUGAGGCACAAAUUUCGAUGAACGUCCAGAAGCUUUGUUUGCGCGAUAGAUUUACCCUCGUCACCGAAGGCCGGUCUUUCUUAGCCCCUGUACUUGAAAAGCUCAAGAUUAACGACCUGUUCGUUUAUCCGCUACAGUAUACAAGCGACAGGACCAGACUUGAACUUGUUGAAAGAGGAGCGCAAUUUCUAGCCUGUCAAGAGCUGAAGUAUGUCUCUUAUAGUGGUCGCAUUCCUGGACUGAGGACAACCUCACCUGAAAACAGAUUUUUCAUCAACCCUUCUCCUUCGAUCGAGAGGAUUUAUUUCGGUUUUAGGAAUUACUUUCCUUCAGACAAACACUCAGUCGAUGUUCCAAAACCCGUGGCUGACGAUCGGGCUGCGUACGAAGAGUUCUUGUCACUCCUACCUGCGACAUAUCCAAGCUUCAGUCCAAUUCUCAGCAAAGGGGUGGACCUCCAUGUUUGCCAAAUAGAGCCAGUGGAAUGGGUAGCAGAUCCCUUGGGUGCAUUGGAUGUUAAACCCGACAUGAAACACCUGCUUCUUUCGGUACUUUCGGAUGAUACGUCAGGCCCUGGAAAACAAGUAUCGAGUGGAGUUGGAGUUGGUGCAAGGGUUCUCCUAUCCGGCCGACCUGGAACAGGAAAAAAAUUCAUUGUUGAUUUGCUUGCAGAAGCAUCCAAACGGCCUGUAUAUCGCUUGAACCUGGGGUUACAGAUGGCUUCGAGGCCGCGCCCAGAAGAAUUUCGCCAGAGGCUCGAGUCGUUCGGGAAUGUCGCAGAAACCUUCAACUGUAUUUUUCAUUUGACCAACGUGGAAUUGACAGGAGCGGACCAAAGCAAAGCCCUUUCACCAUCACUGACGGACAUCGUCCUUGACUUCCUGCGGGUAUUCAAUGGACCGCUAUUUCUAAGCGCCAAUAGUGAUACAUGGAAAUCUUCGGUAUUCAGUCCACUGAUGGAUUUGAAAAUACCUUCAGAGCCGAUAUCAAGAGUGCAUCGAAUGAAAGUUUGGGUGGAAGCGCUGUCACUGGCAGGCUUUCCAGUUGGAGUUCUUCCAUCCCACCGCUCGUCCUACCUGGAGUGGUACGAAUCGGGAGAAAUCGAUGACGAAGUUCGCUCCGUAGGAGAGUUUGCGGACCUCCAUUUGACCGACGACCAAAUCCGCAAGACGGUUGGGUAUGCUCAACGAAUGGCAUUAUCCAUGAAGUGCAAAACGUUAGACCUAGAGUUAGUGAAGAAAGUGCUGACCAUGUCAUCGGGCGACUCGUCAAGUAUCGGGGGUACAAAAAGAGGUCGAAAACUUCCUUAG